CCAGUUUAGGAGUGUGCAGUAAGCAAUACUUAUGUGAUCGUAGCCCAUAUUACAGUUUAAGACUAUAUAUUGCCUACAUCAGAGAUGAUGAAAGAUCUAGGAAUAUAUUUCUAUGUCCAUGGAGCGAAUCUACUCAUUUCUUUAGACACGCUAUGAACGAAGAAUAAGUUCUACCAUUAAAUGUUAAAAAUUGACUAUUAGAUAUUGAAAAAAUGAGUGAUUCUGAGAACGAAAAUUAUGUUACUUUUGGAAUCCCUCUUGAACCAAUUGAUGAAGAUAAUGUACCAAGGAAGAAACCAAUGAUGAUUGAAGAUCAAUAUGCAUAUGAUGCACAAGGUAGACGUAGAUUUCAUGGUGCAUUUACGGGUGGUUUCUCUGCUGGAUACUUUAAUACUGUUGGUACAAGAGAUGGCUGGAGACCACAACGAUUUAAAUCUUCUAGAAGUAGCAAAGCUGGAAGUAUUACUCAGCGUCCAGAAGAUUUUAUGGAUGAGGAGGAUACAAGUGAAUUUGGAAUUGCACCAACAGGGAUUCGUGCUACAGAGGAUUAUAUGGAAUGUGGUCGAAGAGGUACAAAACGUGAGAGAAUCACUCGUGACAGCAGUGGUCCUAUUCCUGGUACUCCAGUAUUGAAGGAGCUUUUGAAGCCAGUAAAGGAAACAGUUGGUAUUAUGUUACUAAAGAAGAUGGGGUGGAGACCAGGUCAGGGAGUAGGAUCAAGACUUACAAAAAAGGAGAAAGCUAAAAUUGAAAAAAGGAAUGAGAAGCUAAAACAUAUGCAGCAAGGAUCUAGGAAGGCAAGUUCAGAAAAUAGCUCUGAUGAUUCAGAAGAUGAUUAUCAGAAUGUUACAUUUGCACCUGAUGACUAUGAGCCAUUUAGAUGUAACCCAAAAGAUAAUUAUUUUGGCAUAGGAUACAGUGGUUUAGAUAGAAGAACCAUAUUGUCUGGACAUGUAAAUUUAUUUGAAACUCCAGCAUUUAGCAUUCAGGAUAAGAACAAAAAAUUAUCGAUACAUGGACAAGCAUUUGGAGUUGGCGCAUUCGAAGCCGAUGAUGAAGAUAUAUACGAGAGAGAAGAUAUGUCACGUUACGACUUUUCCUUAGGUCCUGAACGGAAAAUCAAAACAAGAUGGUCUGAGGAUAGUAGUUCGAGAAAUUUAAGCUACAACUGUUUAGAAGGCUUUGUAUUGGCAGAAAAUAAAUUAGAAUUGAAAAAGGUUUUUCCACCUCCGGAAUUGCCUAAGAAUUUUGUACCAGUACAUACAGUUAGGAAGAGCAGAUUUUAUCCUCCGAUUGAUAAUGUUUCUCGUAGAACAGAGAAUGGAAAGCGCAAAGAUCUCACAGCCGCGGAUAGAGCCAAAAUAUUGGAAGAUACAUGCAAUGUGAAAAAGACAUCCGAAACGCAUUCAGAUUUGGUACCAUCAGUUGCUUCCAAUAUCAUUUCAAAGACGUUAAAUUUACGUUGGAAGCAACAAACGGAAGAAAAACAGAAAGAAGAAAAUCUACAAGCUAAGGCAGCUGUAUCGUGGAUGGAAAAAUUGAACGCACAAAGUUUUGUUAAAGGAGGUGUCGUUGGACCCAGUAAAAAUUCUGAUGGAAGUUUAAAGAGAUUAGAAGAAUUUAAAGAUUCCUCCUUGACUUUUGAGGGACAAAGUAAAUUGGAUCAAGAUGAUUCUGUGAAGAAUAGCAAUGUGAAACCAUAUUUUUCUGAUUCUGAUAAACAAAGACGAUUUGAACAAUAUUUACUUUUCGUAAAAGAAGGAGAGAAAAAUAAGCUUGAAAGUAUACAGCCAUUAUCUAUGACAGAAUGGGAAAGAGAACAUGAACGAAUUGAAUUUGAACAAGCAGUAAAACUGGUUGGGCAACCAACAAAUGAAUAUACUGGGAGUAAAUUUACAAGUCCUUCUGAUUCCACGAGUUCAAAUAUUUCUGCAAAAUUUAGCCAGGAGGAUGAAAUGAAACAAGCUGUAAAAAUGAAAAUGUUCGGGAAAUUAACUCGGGAACGAAUGGAAUGGAAGCCAGCGAGCAUAGUUUGUAAGAGAUUCAAUAUUCCAGAGCCAAAAGUUGGUUGUGCUCAACCUGAGAUGCAGAAAAGGUCAACAAGGUUUUCCAUUUUCGAUUCCUUUGAUUGGAAUAAUUCUACGAAGUUUUUGCGAGCGUCGCAAGAAGUAAAUGAAGCAAGUACAUCGUCAAAAGACAAAAGCAGUAUUGAAAAUACAGGCCAAAACAUUAUUGACAAUACAGAAAAAGGCGCUAUUAACAAUACGGAUUCCAACAUUAAAAUGAGUAAUAAUAUAUCUUUUUAUAAUCAUCAAAUUUUCGAACCUGUGUCAGAGAAAAUGAGAAAUUUCGAAGUUUCUUAUGAGAAAGUUUUUGGAAAAGAAGUUCCAGAAACGUCAUCGACAAUAUUCGAAGACAAACAAAAUCUGGACAAUAACUUUGAUUCAAAUAGAAUAACAGAGACUAUAGAUCAACAGAAUAAAACUGAAGAAGAUAUCAAUACUACAACGAAACCUACAUCAAAAAGUAAAUCAGAAGAGAAGAAGGAUCUUUUUAAAGCAAUUUUUUUAAGCAGUAGCGAGGAAUCUGAUUCCGAGCCAGAUGAAAGCUUAGACAGUGAAGCCGUGAAGUCUGUUUUGAUUGGUAAAGUUCCAAGCGAAGUAAAUGUAAAUAGAAACACCUCUCCACCUAGAGGAAUUUUUGCAAAGGUGGAUCUCGAUAGCUUAGUUACUAAUACAAAAAGUAGUAUGCAAUCAAAUGAAACAACAAGUAAAGAAAAAGACAUAAACAUAGUAGAUCCUGAAUUAGGGAUUGAACCCAAAGAAGAUGAUUCUAAUUUCAAUCCCACAGAGGCUCAAUUAUUAUUGGAUGUGUAUGGACCUGCUCUUCCUUCGAGAUUAUUAAAAUCUGAAAAUGCAACCCCAGAAGCGUCCAGUUCGCAAGCUUUGAAGCCUGUGUCUAGAAGUGUUGUAGUACCACAACUUAAAGUAGACUCUAAAGUUUCUGGUGUAUGGGUGGAGAAAGUGAAGAAGUCUAAAAAGGAAAAGAAAAAGCACAAACACAGAGAACACAAAAGUUCGAAACAUAAGCGGAAAUCAAAGAAAGAAAAGCGUGGCUCGUGACAUAGGAAAUAAUUGGAAUAGCGAAGGAAUUACAUGAAGAAGAUGUCGAUGGAGCAAAUAUAUCCAUUGAUUAUUUAUUGUACGUUUCAUUUUAUUUGCAUCAUAGUAUGGUGCCUUGUAUAUAUUUAAUGAAGUAUUUGAAAAUGCUUGUGCAAAUCUGAUAUUAAGAGAGUAAAGGGAUGUCGAUAUGUACAUACAUGAAUACAUAUAUGUACAUCCUUUUGUUGUGUUCUUUUUUUGUAUAUGUUCUAAUACACACGAGUGAGCAAACCCUUA